AUGGUAGCGCCUCGCUUAAUAGCUUGUACGCCUACUGCAUUGCUGCUUGCGUGUUUCCCACGCCACAGCCCAUCUCUCUGCGCCCACGUUUUCGUCGGCCACGAUGCACCCGCAACGUGGGCUCCCUUUGCAACGUUUAUGGCUCGCCCUUAUCCAAGCCGCCGGAACAACGGCACCACACAACGCCAAACAGCCACAACCCUAACCGUUCAUGCCUCCCAAUACUCCGGACCUACAUGGAUAGCCCUAGCGUUGGAGCCAUGUUUACACGCCAAUCCCUACUGGCUUCCCUAUGCUGCAGCCAACAUUCCCAGCUAUCCCGCAUUCAGCCGUGUCCGAUUAAUAUGCCAUGUGCAGAAGACGUCAGCACCUGUCAACAGAAAGAAAAAUGUCGCCGCAUCCCUGCCCUUUUUCCCAUCGCCCAAUCCUGAAUAA